AUGAUAGCAUCGCCGAAAUUUCCCUCCGCAACACCACCGAUAUUCAGGAAACAACAGAACAGAUCGGGGUGGGGGUUUGUCUGUUAAAUCGUCGUUCAUUUUUCUAGCCAACCCUUUAUCAAUCGCCAUCUUUGUACCCUCUCUAUACUAUCCUCACCUCUAUUCGCACGCUCCAACGAACUGCCAACGCCAAUUCGAAGUUGUCUCGAGAGCGAAAGGAACAAACCCCAAAACCAACACCAUGGCGAUGCGCAACCCCUUCCUCACUUCGCGGACACUCAAGUCCCUCCAACUACCCAGCCAAUGUCUCCGACGAAGCUUCCACAAAAAGUCCGCCCCAGCCUCCGUGCCCCAACCCACACCUUUCGUCCCGAACGUCGAAACCUUCCUCACCCUGAUCGGCCGGGACAUGUCCAAGCACGCCAGCAAACUACCAUCCUGGGAACAACUAUUCACGCUCAGCUCCCCCGAACUCCGAGAACUGGGCAUUGAGCCUGCCCGCCAGCGCCGAUACCUGCUCCGGAAGCGGGAGAAGUUCAGACAGGGCAUCUACGGACCCGGCGGAGACCUUGAAAAGGUUGUGGAUGGCGUUGCGCAAUUGCGAGUCGCUGAGCUUCCUUUGGAAUCGUCUUCCUCUGCAGGCUCUUCCUCUUCCUCCUCCUCCUCUUCUUCUUCCUCCGCUUCCUCUUCCCUUACCUCCACGGCUACUCUGUCCCCGGGAAUGAAACGGGUCAUUGUAAACCUUGCACCAGACGCCACGGGGUACCAGCACGAGGCGUCGAAACAAGUCAAGAAAUUCGCACACAUGAAGAUCCACAACGGAUUCAUGAUCAAGGGACCAUUCCUGCAACCGAUCAAGGGCUCCAAUGGUAGCGCUGCUUUGAUCAAGGUCGAGGAGGGCAUGUGGGAAGACAAGCUGGGACAAAAGGUUGAUGGUGGUGAGAGAAGGCGUGCUGAGGUCCGGGCUAAGAAGAGGAGUGAGGAACGAAGGAAGGGACUAGCAUGAGCAUGAGCAUGAGCAUGAGCAUGAACCUGAGCAUCUUUUUUUCUCUGGAGAGAGUUUUGUGUGUUAGAGCCGGUUCAUCUUGUAUUAUUAUAUCUUGGUUCAAUGGUGUACUAAUGUAAAUUCAAGUCACAUCCUUUAUUUGUC